UCCCGGCGUGGCGGGCGCACGCGCGGGCGGUGCCGGGCAGCGCAGGCCGGCGGGACAUGGGCUCGUGAGGGGCGGCUCCGCGCGGCGCGGCGCGGCUCGGCUCGGGGGCGGCGGCGCCGGAGGAAGAUUAUAUUUAACGUGAUUGCUUACAAGUAAUAGUUUGUCAUCAUGGCUGAACUGUCGCCUGAAGAAAUUCAGCUGAGGGCCAACCAGGUCACUGAUGAGUCUUUGGAAAGCACAAGGAGGAUUCUUGGCUUGGCCAUUGAGUCCCAGGAUGUUGGCAUCAAAACUAUCACCAUGCUGGAUGAACAGGGUGAACAACUAAAUCGCAUAGAAGAAGGCAUGGACCAGAUAAAUAAGGAUAUGAGAGAAGCUGAGAAGACACUGACAGAGCUCAACAAAUGUUGUGGGCUUUGUGUCUGUCCUUGUAACAGGACGAAGAAUUUUGAGGCUAGCAAGUCAUACAGAACAACCUGGGGAGAUGGAACAGAGAACUCAGCAGAUCAUGUGAUAUCCAUGCAACCAAGAAGUAUAAAUCAGCGGCAGCCUCAGACUUCUGGAGGACCAAGUGGCGGAUAUAUUACAAGGAUAACAAAUGAUGCUAGAGAAGACGAAAUGGAUGAAAAUCUUGCUCAAGUGGGAAACAUUCUUGGAAAUUUGAAAAACAUGGCUUUGGAUAUGGGAAAUGAGAUUGAUUCCCAGAAUAAACAAAUAGACCGGAUAAAUUUAAAGGCUGAUACAAACAGGGAGCGCAUUGAGCAAGCCAACAUCAGAGCCAAGAAACUCAUUGAGAAUUAAAGCCUGCUGUCACUUUCAAUGACACUGUCUCUCCAGCUGCAAGCCACCAUGAUCAUGGAUCUGUGAAACUUCUCCUAUUCUGAAAUAAGAGGGGCUGGGGAAAAUGAAGCAGUAUCUUUUUCUAUAGGGAUUAAUUUUCUCUUAUUGCUUCAUGUAAAUGUGGCCUUGACUCCAAGAAAGCAGCAAACAUAACUUCCUCCAACUCAUCUGCCUUCACUUUCUUUAAACUGCUCAGGGCUAAAAGUGUUACAGCUUUGAGAAUCUUCUUGCAUGUUUUAUUCCCCUCUCAGUGUUUUGGUUUGUGGUGUUUUUUGUUUUGUUUUUGUUUUUUUUUUUCCUUCCUGCACCCAAUAUAUGAUCCUUUAUUGAAGUUCGACAAGCAGGGUAACCUGAAUUCACAGUUGUGGAAAGUUGGAGAGGGCACUUUGCACUGUCUGAAAUACCUCAUAAGUUCAGUGUCUUCACUAAGAUAGGGACUUGGUGAAUAUUGUCUGACUUGUAUCUCUAGCAGGCUAACUAUAGUUUUGCAGUCCAAACCACAUGAUUGGUUUGGGGUUGUGUUUGUGAAUUAUAGAAUUGAAGAGGCCCGCUACUUGUUACUUGUGGGUUGAGUGCUUUAAAACACUUUCUAACCACAUUAACCCUUAAUGUAAAGGUAACUGAAGUGAUAUACAGGUUUCCCUUUCUUUACUGUAAAUUGAUGUCUAUUUGGAGGUCAUGACUAGUAAAUCAUGCUGCAUUGUUCUGAAAGUAUCUGUUGUGUAUAUAAAUAUACCUGAUCUAAAUACCAUGCACAUAUGAGUAGAACAAAAUAAAACUAUUUCCCUCUAAGUAUUUAUUUGAUGGAAAAUGUUAUGCCCCUCAUCUAAAAGUUAACUUUCAGGUGCAUGAAUGACGCAUUUUAACUGGAAGAAACUGAGUAGAAAAGCAUACAGCUUUCUUGUAUCCAGUAUCAGAUUCUAUUUUGGCCAGUUUUCACUGGAGUUCAGUUGUCUUUUCUCCAUUGCAAAACAAUGACUGAAAUCUGGUGCAGAGUUUGCUCUUAGCAGUGACUUUGGUGGAGCUUCUUAAACCUAGUGAAAACAGAGAAGCUUAUUAUGAAACUUGUCACAAGUUUGGAGGAAGCAGUGCCUAUUUAAGAACUGUAUGCAAGUUCUAAAUAAACUAGAUCGAAAUAGAUUCCUGGCUGGUUUAUUAUUGCAGACUUUGGAACUGGCAGUUGGAAAUACUACAUGUCCAAGUGACUUGCAAUUCAUGUUCCUGUUACGAUUCAGAACAGAGGAUUUUUUUUUAGAUCAGGUGAAGUAAAUCUAUCUUCCUAUGAAGAGGAAAACAUUUUGGCUUUACUGUAAUAUAAUCACAUUUAUUCCCAGGAUUUUCUUGAAUUUUUUUUUUGUAUUGCAAGUGACUUGUGUAAUGUUAACUCCACCCAGUAAUAUAUUAUGCCUGUUAUAAAGGUGAAAGGUGAAAAGGUGAUGCUUUGGACUAGCCUGUGAUAUUUAAUGUUGGAUGGCAAAAAUCUUCAAAUCAAUUGGAGGAAUAAUUAAAACUAAAGCAUUAUAAGGUGGUUUUUUGGAAGGACAGUCCACAAGGAUACUGUAGCCAUUGAUAAUGAAUCCCAGGCCUAGAGGGAUGACACUAUUCUGCUGAUAUGUAAGGCAGUGUUAAGUGUUUUGUCAUCCUUUUAGUAGAAAUGCAGUCAGAGUUACUGGUAUAUUCUCCCAGGAAGACUUUAAAGGAAAAAAAAAAAAAAAAAGCAACUGACCAAAGGUUGGAGCUGCUGCAUGCAAGAAAUAGGCCAGUGGUAGAUUGUCUUAUGUGAAUAAGGUGAAUGAAUUUUUAGAGGACUGGGUACUUCAAUAGUGUGUGUUGACUUCUGUCUGGCUUCCAAUAAUUGUUGGAAAGCUAAUUAAUUGUAAAGGCUUGUUAUCUGCCUGUUAGUAAAUUAAGUUAUGUGCUUAAAAAGCACAAGUGGCAAAUAAGUACUUUUAAGAACAUAGUACAUUUCUAACAACCACUCACACAGGAAAGCACAGGGGAUUUGUACACUUCUUUUACCUUCUUACUAACUUCAGGUUAAAUGAAGGAAUAUUUGCUGCUGGCUGUGAAAGCAAAGUAUUCAUUAGUUAUGAUUGUCUCCUGGAACAGAAUACUAAAGUGGUUACCUUAUUCUGCUUACAACAGUGCAAACCUGCUCUGUAGCAUUUGCAAGUUCCAAACAUUGGAAUGUUCUCCCUUGCCAUUACAUGUCCAUGUUCUUGAAUCCCCUGAGAUAUAACAACAAAUUAGCAUGCUGGCUGAAAGAAUGUUGCCAUUGGUGUAUCAACUGUAAUAUUGUAAUAAACACCACACAAGGAAUUAAUUUCUGAGACUCUAAGCUGGAGUAUUAAUGCAAUAUUAUUACUAUUUUCUAGCCAAAUCCAUGAGGGAGUUGGUGUCUCUAUGUUAGUGAACAACAGUCUGCUUCUUGGAUUGUCUUGCUGUUGUAUAAAGAAUAUAUGCUUAAUUUCCGUAUCUGUGGGAUAGAAUGAACACUUGUACAUCUCUGUUUUUCUGAAUGCUAUUAAGAAUGAAGGUUUACAGUUUCUGCUUUUAAUUGUUAAAGUAUAUAUUGUACCCAAAAAAUACAUACUUUUAUAACUGAA